AUGAUAAAGUUUAAAGGAGGUUCCAUUUUGUUAUCACACAAUGGAUACUUUAACUUAUAUUUAAAAAAAAUAAGAUGUAUUUACAACAACAUAUACAGAAGGGAUGUGAAUACAUUAAAUAAUUUUAUAGACAUUUUAAGUUUUAGAAAUGAAGAAGAAGAUGAUGAUAUUGAAUAUAAAAAAGUUGAAGAUCUUAGUAAAUAUAUAGAAGUUAUAAAAAUGAAUAAAAGUUCUAUGAAUGAAACAAAAUAUUAUGGAUAUAAUUUUAAAGAUGAAAAUAAUUUUUUAGAUGAACAUGGUAAUAUAAAAGAAUAUAUAAAUAAUGAAAAUAAAAAAUUAUUAGAUAAAAAUUAUGAAAAAGAAUAUAUACAUAUCCCACCAUUUGUAUUAACAAAAUUAUGUGAAUAUGCUUUUAAAGAAAUAUUAUUUUUUUUGAAUAAAAAACAUUUAAAACAAUUACAAAAUAUUUUACAAGAUAAAGAAUCAAGUAAAAAUGAUAAAUAUGUAGCUAUGACAUUAAUAAAAAAUGCAAUCAUAAGUUCUGAACAAAAAUUACCAGGAUGUCAAGAUACUGGAACUGCUAUCAUUUUAGGAAAAAAAGAUGAAGAUAUAUUAACCACAUAUGAACAUAAAUAUCUUACCAUAGGUGUAUAUAAUGCUUAUAAAUAUAAUAAUUUUCGUUAUAGUCAAUUGUCACCAUUAAAUAUGUUUAAUGAAAUAAACACAAAUAAUAAUUUACCUUGUCAAAUUGAAAUAUAUACAAAUAUUAAAAAAGAUAAAUCACAUCAAAAUUAUCAAAAUUAUGAAAACCAUCAAAAUUAUCAAAAUCAACAAAAUUAUCAAAAUCAACAAAAUCAUCAAAAUUAUCAAAAUCAACAAAAUCAUCAAAAUUAUCAAAAUCAUCAAAAUUAUCAAAAUCAACAAAAUCAUCAAAAUUAUCAAAAUCAUCAAAAUUAUCAAAAUCAACAAAAUCAUUAUCUUAACCAUGUAGAAGAUAUUCAAAAUAAUAAAAAUGUAAAACAUAUUAAUCACAUAUCAACAAAGAAAUCAAAUAAUGAACAUCUUUAUCAUGGUCCUAAAUAUGAACUUAUUUUUAUAGCUAAAGGAGGUGGAAGUGCAAACAAGACCUUUUUAUUUCAACAAACCAAAAGUAUAUUAAAUGAAGAAAAUCUAUAUAAUUUCCUAUUAGAUAAAAUUAAAGAAAUAGGUACUUCUGCAUGCCCACCAUAUCAUCUAGCAAUUGUUAUCGGUGGUUUGUCAGCUGAAAUGAAUUUAAAAAUGGUAAAGUUAGCCUCAUGUAGAUAUUUAGAUAAUUUGAAAACAGAAGGAGGAAUUUAUGGAAAUGCUUUUAGAGAUAUACAAAGUGAAAAAAUUAUUUUAAAAAAAACUCAAAGUUUAGGUAUUGGUGCACAAUUUGGUGGAAAAUAUUUUGUACAUGAUGUUAGAGUUAUUAGAUUACCUAGACAUUCUGCUUCUUGCCCUAUAGGUAUAGGUGUUUCAUGCUCAGCUGAUAGACAAAUAAAAUGUUUUAUUAAUAAAAAUGGUGUUUUUAUGCAAAAGUUAGAACAUGAACCAAUCAAAUAUUUACCUGAAAUUACUUUUAAAGAUUUAAACCAAGAAAACCCUGUUAAAAUUAAUUUAAAUCAAAAUAUGGAACAAACAUUAAAAACAUUAUCUCAAUAUCCAACCUCUACAUUAGUACUCUUAACAGGUAAAUUAGUUGUUGCUAGAGAUACUGCACAUAAAAAAAUUGUAGAUCAAUUUAUUAAUGAUAAUGUUCCUAUUCCUGAAUAUUUUAAAAAAUAUCCUAUUUAUUAUGCUGGACCAGCUAAAACACCUGAUAAUUACCCAAGUGGAUCCUUUGGACCAACCACAGCUGGACGAAUGGAUGCCUAUGCAGAAAUUUUAAUGAAAAACAACGCAUCACUUAUAUCACUAGCAAAAGGUAAUAGAUCCUCUGUUGUUAGAAAUGCUUGUAAAAAAUAUAAUGGAUUUUAUUUGGGCAGUAUAGGAGGACCAGGGGCCAUUUUAGCUAAAAAUAAUAUCAAAAAUGUGCAGGUCAUUGAUUUUAAGGACUUGGGCAUGGAAGCUGUUCAUUUAAUUGACGUCGUUGACUUUCCUGCAUUUAUUGUGAUAGAUAACAAAGGAAAUGAUUUUUAUAAUCAAUGGUUACCAUCAUAA